GGCGGCGGUUGCGGCGGCAGCGGCAGCGGUCGCGCGGGGACUGCGGGGACAGAGGCGGCAGCGACGCCCGGGGAAGCCCGCGCCCCCGCCUGCGCCUCCGAGGCGCGCCCCGGGAGCGGGAGCGGGAGCGGCCCGCAGCGCCGCCCAGGGCAGAGGCGAUUGCCGGAGCCCCGAGAGCCAGCCGCGGAGAGCCGGGCAGCGACCGAGCGUGGGGGUGCGGCCGGAGGAAGACACAGAGCGAGCCGGGGCCGAAGGAGGGCUUCGGGCGCGAGCAUCCCGCGUCGCAGCAGCAGAGGCGGCUUUGCAGGAGACAAAAGCCCUCCAGGGAAACGCGAUGCUGGGCUGGCGCGGGCUUGGGGGCCGCGGCGUCUGAGCGCGCCGAGCCGUGCGCCCCGGAGGCCAGGCAGGUCGCGGCGAAGGGCGGCGGGCGGAGCUCAGGUGCCUCCGGCCGCGGCGGGCCCGUAACCGCUCGGGGGGCGGCGCCCUCCCGCCGCAGCCGCAGUGGCCGGCGCCGCAGCGAGGAGCCAUGGGCAACAUCUCCUCCAACAUCUCGGCCUUCCAGUCCCUGCACAUCGUCAUGCUGGGCUUGGACUCGGCCGGCAAGACCACGGUGCUCUACCGGCUCAAGUUCAACGAGUUCGUGAACACGGUGCCCACCAUCGGCUUCAACACGGAGAAGAUCAAGCUGAGCAACGGCACCGCCAAGGGCAUCAGCUGCCACUUCUGGGACGUGGGCGGCCAGGAGAAGCUGCGGCCGCUGUGGAAAUCCUACAGCCGCUGCACGGACGGCAUCAUCUACGUGGUGGACUCGGUGGACGUGGACCGGCUGGAGGAGGCCAAAACGGAGCUGCACAAGGUGACCAAGUUCGCCGAGAACCAGGGCACGCCGCUGCUGGUCAUCGCCAACAAGCAGGACCUGCCCAAGUCCCUGCCGGUGGCCGAGAUCGAGAAGCAGCUGGCGCUGCACGAGCUCAUCCCGGCCACCACCUACCACGUCCAGCCGGCGUGCGCCAUCAUCGGCGAGGGCCUCACCGAGGGCAUGGACAAGCUCUAUGAGAUGAUCCUGAAACGCAGGAAGUCCCUUAAGCAGAAGAAGAAGCGGUAAUGUGCCCGGCCGCGCUCGGGAGCGAGGGGGGAGUGAGCGAGCGAGCCAGGCAGGAAUGAAUGGAUGUGCGAGAACCCGCGUCCGCGAACAAAGACAGCGAACCAAAGCGAUGCUUCGAAUUUUUAACAUGGAAUCUCUGCACCCGGAUGCAGGAUUAUUGACUUAACCUGGGUGUAUAGGCUGACUUGCCAGCCUGCCCUUCACCUGCUCCCACCCCCCAGCUCAGGGGACCUUUUGUCUGAAUGCCUGAGCUCCCUGAUGGGGUGGGAGGCCGCCCUGGGGAGUGGACGUGCCUGGGCUGCCAGCUGCCCUCCUGGCCCAUGGGGAAGGCUCAGAUAUCAGAAACAAAAGCGAUUCCUUCCUACUCCAGCAGGGCCAGAAGUUCAGGCUGCCCCGCCCUCACCUGUGAGUUACCUGAGGAGAUGGGGGUUUGGGCUAUCAGAGGACUGCCUGGAACAAUACACAGCCCCAGGGCAUGGGGUGCUGCACCGACCUUGGCUGAGGGAGCGGCCCCGAAGAUGCCCCUCUCCUGGUGAUUUGUGGUGGCUACCGAACCAGCUUUGCUGAGAACCGCUUUUCACCUGGAAUCAGACGUCAUCCAGAUGGUUUGGACCUGUCCAUGUGUAGGUCAUUAUCACACCAAGAGACCAAUAAAAAAAAUAAAAUAAAGUGAAAACUGUUGGAGGUGGUGGCAAAUGAUGCAUUUACUGUUUGCAGGAUAGCUAAAGGUGUUUAAAGGGUAAGGCUCUGGAUAUAAAUGCUGGAUGGGUGUGUGUGUGGACACAGGGACCUCCCUCUGUACUAUGUCAUUGAUAUAAAUAUCUAGACCCAUAUGUGUGGAAUCUUAAGUUCUCUUAGCCUACUGAUUGGUUUGUGUGAGCACACCAGCUCACCAGCUGCAGAUGUGUGCUGAAUUGCAAGAUGGUUUUUUGCAAGGAAUGUCUCAUACUAACCGCCUGAUGAUGGGUUUUGGUUUUCAGACAUGUUAAAAAAAAAAAAAAAAAACUUAUACAAAUGAAUGUUCACCUUAGAAA